AUGAUGAUGAGUUACUCAAAGUCGCUUGUGCUAUUGCUUGGAGUGAUGGUUCUCAUCACUUCAUCUCUAGCUCAAUACAAUGAGCAACCCAAGCCACCUACCUCUAGUCCUAUUUACAAGCUCCCAGCUCCCAUCAAGAAACCCCCACCCCCAUUUUACAGAAAGCCAUCACCACCACUAAAACCACCAACUCUUCCUCCCAUUGUGACAAGACCACCACCCCCGUUUUACAAAAAGCCAUCACCUCCACUAAAACCACCAACUCUUCCUCCUAUUGUGAUAAGACCACCACCCCCAUUUUACAAAAAGCCAUCACCUCCACUAAAACCACCAACUCUUCCUCCUAUUGUGAUAAGACCACCACCCCCAUUUUACAAAAAGCCAUCACCACCACAAAAACCACCAACUCUUCCUCCUAUUGUGAUAAGACCACCACCACCAUCGCCUCACUCAAAACCACCAACUACUCCAUCUCCUAUUUUGAGAUCACCAUUACCUAGGCCCGUGAAAAAGCCACUUCCACCACCUCAUGCCAAACCAACAACUCUACCUCCAGUUGUAGGGAAGCCACCCCCCACCAAAGUAUUCGGGACACCCUCCAUCGAAGAGUCCUCAACAGCCACACAAGCCGGCGGCUCCAUAUAA